AUAUGACGUUUGUUUUUGUCUGUUAGGCACUAGCUAGCUACAUACAAAAACAAAAAAUACAGCUAUUUUAUACAAAUUUAGACAUUAUUCUAAUGGUGGAGGCUGCAUUGUGUCGUAUGCGUCCAGUAUGAGCGGGGGUUUGGCACCAAGCAAAAGCACUGUGUAUGUGUCUAACCUGCCUUUCUCUCUGACCAACAAUGACCUGCACAAGCUAUUCACCAAAUAUGGAAAAGUUGUAAAGGUUACAAUUGUAAAGGACAAAGAGACUCGCCAGAGUAAAGGGGUGGCAUUUGUUCUCUUCCUGGAUAGAGAAUCAGCACAUAACUGUGCAAGAGCAAUAAACAACAAACAGGUGUUUGGCAGAACGGUGAAAGCAAGCAUUGCAGUAGACAAUGGACGAGCAACUGAGUUUAUUAGAAGGCGGAACUACACAGACAAGUCUAAAUGUUAUGAAUGUGGGGAUACAGGUCAUCUGAGCUAUGCGUGCCCCAAAAAUGUGCUGGGAGAGAGGGAACCUCCGAAGAAGAAAGAAAAGAAAAAGAAGAAAAAGGCUCAACAACCUGAGCAUGUUGAAGAGGAAGAAGAAGAAAGUGAAGAAGAGGGAGAGGACCCAGCCUUAGAUAGUCUGAGCCAAGCUAUAGCUUUUCAGCAAGCCCGUAUUGAGGAAGAGGAGGAGAAAAAGAGGAAGCAGGCAAUUUUGUCUCAAGAGGCUGAUGCACACGCUUCAACAUCCUCGGAUUCUAAAAAACCAAGGAUCAAAAAGAGCACAUACUUCAGUGACGAAGAGGAGCUCAGUGACUAAUAAUAAUAAUUAUAAUAAUAAUAAUAAUAAUGGAUUUAGCUUUGUAAGGUGUUUUGUGUUACAGUGGGGUGCUUCCAUUUUUUCCCUCUUGUAUAUAGAGCUGAGACAUCUUUAUGUUUCUAAAAAUACUGUGUAAUUGUUCUUGGGUUGACUGAUGAUUGUGUGUGAAACUUUUUUAUACCAUUGAAUAAAGCCUUCUUUCUUAAUGAUAAA